AUGCUUCAACUCCUAAAAGGCCCUCUGCACCUUACACCUAGAAAUUUCACUCACCUCACCACUACUCCUCUCCAGCAGAACCCCUCACCCAGAACCCGCCUACUCCUACAAAGGCAAAUAGGAACCCGCAUCAUCAUCCGCAACCCAUCAACAACCACAACAAUGCCCCCGACAAAACCCCUCCCAACCGACCUCCCAAUCCACACCUUCGCCAGCGCACCAGAAUUCGAAACCUUCCUAGAAAAGAACCACACCACCGCCGGAGGCGUCUACCUCAAGCUCGCCAAAAAGUCCUCCGGGAUCGCAUCCAUAACCGCCUCCGAGGCCGUCGAAGUCGCGCUGUGCUUCGGGUGGAUCGACGGGCGAGCGAACGGGCUGGACGAGAAAUUUUGGCUUGUGCGGUACACGCCGCGGCGGGCGAAGAGUCUCUGGUCUGCGAAGAAUGUAGGUACGGUUGCGAGGCUUGUUGAGGCGGGCAGGAUGAGGAGGGCUGGGUUGGAGGCUGUGGAGGCGGCGAAGAGGGAUGGGAGAUGGGAGAGGGCUUAUGAUGGGCCUGCGAACAUUGAGGUUCCGGCAGAUUUGAAGGAGGCGUUGGGUGCGAAUGGGAGGGCGAAAGAGGUCUUUGAGGGGUUGAAUCGAACGGAUAGGUAUUCGGUGUUGCAUCGGUUACAGACCGGGGCGGUGUCGAAGAGGGUGGAGAAAAUUGAGGCUGUUGUGGAUAUGUUGAGCAGGGGAGAGGUUUCGAUGUUAAGAAAUAAUGGGAAGGGAAAGGAGAAGAAGGAGAAUGGAUUGAAGGCGUUCAAGGUUGAGAAGAAAGCGAAGACGAAGAAGCCCAGCGUUGAAACGGCGUCUGCAAAGGUGUCGAAGCGUGUUGAGACGACUUCAUUGUCGUCUAGCGAAAGUAUUAGACAAUUACGGUCUCGCAAACCGCGUGGAUAG